AUGGAAAAAAAAACAAUCGAGCAGCUUUACCAGAAGAAGACACCGAUAGAGCACAUUCUUUUGCGACCCGAGACGUAUAUCGGAUCGGUUGAUCAUCACACACAACCGAUGUACGUCCUGGAGAACGGCAAGAUUGUAUCAAAAUCGAUUACAUACGUGCCCGGCCUGUACAAAAUUUUUGAUGAAAUUCUCGUGAAUGCUGCCGACAACAAAAUAAGGGACCCGUCUAUGAGCAAGCUGUGCGUAGAUGUGGUGGACGACAGAAUUUCUGUGUGGAACAACGGAAAGGGCGUGCCCAUACAGAUGCAUAAGAAAGAGAAGGUGUACGUUCCCGAGCUGAUAUUCGGCCAGCUGCUCACAUCAUCGAACUACGAUGACAAGGAGAAGAAGGUUACCGGUGGCAGGAACGGAUAUGGUGCUAAGCUGUGCAACAUCUUUUCCUCUGAGUUUAUCAUCGAAACGGCGGACUCGAAAGAAAAUAUGACCUACUACCAGCGGUACACGGACAAUAUGUCUAAGAGGGAGGAGCCUGUAAUUACGAAGCAGAGGGUGAGAGAGUCGUUCACCAAGAUUACGUUUGUGCCUGAUUUGAAGCGAUUCAAGAUGGAACAUCUGGACGAGGACAUCGUGUCGCUGCUGAAGAAGCGUGUAUAUGACAUGUGUGCUACGAUUAAGAAGGUAAAAGUGUUUCUCAACGGCGAGCAAAUACCGAUCGUGUCAUUUAAGCAGUACGUGUCUUUGUACCUGGCCGAUGAUGUGAAGGUCGUGCAUGAAGUCGUAAAUGAGCGCUGGGAGGUAGCCGUUGUUCUGAGUGACGAGCAGUUUCAGCAGGUGUCGUUCGUGAACUCGAUUUGCACGAUCAAGGGAGGUACGCACGUCAACCAUGUGCUUGAUCAGCUCGUUGAUCCAGUGAUCGAGAGGGUGCAGAAAAAGGAUAAGAGCUUGGUGAUUAAGCCGUUUUUCGUGAGAAACAGCGUUUUUGUUUUCGUGAACGCCUUGAUAGAAAACGCUGCCUUUGACUCGCAGACGAAGGAGACACUUACGCUGCGUGUAAGCAGUUUUGGCAGCCGAUGCACCUUGAGCGAUGAUUUUGUGAAGCAAACGGUCGCAAUCCUCUCGGAUAGAGUGCUUUCGCAAGCACUUGCCAAGAUGAGCAAGCAACUCAAGAAAACAGACGGGUCUAAGAGUAGCAAAAUAACUGGCGUGGAAAAGCUGAGCGAUGCCAAUCUUGCUGGCACCAAAAACUCGCACAAGUGCUCGCUUAUUCUCACAGAGGGGGACUCUGCCAAAACGCUUGCCAUAAGUGGCCUGUCGGUGGUGGGAAGGGACCACUACGGCGUGUUUCCUCUGCGUGGUAAGUUGUUGAACGUGCGCGAGGCCAAUCACAAACAGAUCAUGGAGAACGAAGAGCUGAACAAUCUGAAAAAAAUACUGGCGCUGCAGCAUCACAAGGAGUACACGUCGACGGAGAGUCUGAGGUACGGCCACGUCAUAAUAAUGACCGAUCAGGAUCAUGACGGCUCGCAUAUCAAGGGCCUGAUAAUCAACUUUUUCGAUCAUUUCUUUCCGUCUCUCCUCAGGAUCGAAGGUUUUCUCAAGGAGUUUAUCACACCUAUUGUGAGGGUGACAAAGAAAAAGCGAUCGCGCACACAGAACGACAAUCCGGAGGACGAUUCGGAUGUGCAAGAAGUGCCAAGGAACAGCACCAGGACAGAUCACUCUGUGGGAACGGUUAUUGAUUUCUUCACCAUUCCAGAAUAUGAGGACUGGAAAAACAGCACUCCAGACGUAAAAAAUUGGUCGGUCAAGUACUACAAGGGAUUGGGUACGAGCACUUCAAAGGAUGCAAAGCAAUACUUCAGCAAUCUGGACAAGCAUAUAAAGUCGUUUACCCUGCUCACGACAGAGGACAAAUCGCUGAUAGACCUGGCAUUUAACAAGAAGAAGGCUGAUGAUAGAAAGUUAUGGCUCAAAAACUGCGUGCCAGGCACUUUUCUUGAUCACAGCGUGCAUAAAAUACCAAUCAAGGACUUCAUUAACAAAGAGCUCAUUUUGUUCUCUAUGGCAGAUAAUGUGCGUAGCAUACCUUCCAUGGUGGAUGGUUUUAAGCCUGGACAGCGAAAAGUGAUGUACUGUUGCUUUAAGAGGAAUCUUAAAUCCGAGAUUAAGGUUGCCCAGCUCGUGGGUUAUGUUGCCGAGCACUCGGCAUAUCACCACGGCGAGAUGAGUUUGCAGCAGACGAUUAUCAAGCUUGCACAUGAUUUUGUUGGGAGCAACAAUGUCAACCUGCUUGAACCAGCCGGUCAAUUCGGCACGCGCCUGCAAGGUGGCAAAGAUGCGGCUUCCGCACGUUACAUUUUUACAAAUCUGGCGAAUAUUACCCGAAAGAUAUUCGUAGAGAGCGAUGAUGCUCUUCUGAAUUAUAUCAUAGAGGAUAACCUGAAAAUAGAACCUGCAUUUUACGUUCCUAUCGUGCCAAUGGUGCUUGUGAACGGUGCUGAUGGUAUUGGUACGGGGUGGUUGACCAAGAUACCGAACUAUGACCUGCUUGAACUCAUCGAUAACAUAAAGUUGUUGCUCGAUGGACAGGAAAUGAGAACGAUGGUACCAUUUUACAGAGGCUUUAAGGGCGAAAUAGAGGAUUUGGGCGGCAAGAAAUACCGGAUAAGCGGUAUUUACGGCGUUGAGGAAGAAAGUCUAACGAUCACCGAGCUGCCAGUGAAGAUAUGGACACAGACGUACAAAGAGUUUCUGGAGAAAAAGAUUGAAAAAGGUGAGGUCAAGGAGUUCAGGGAAUACCACACUGAGAGGAACGUACACUUUGAGGUAUCAGUGACAGUUAGUGGCGAGUUGGAGAAGAAAUUCGGUCUGAGCACGAUAAGCAUCUUCAACAAUUUCGUGUGUUUUGAUCGGCACGGCAAGAUAAAGAAGUAUGACAGUGCUGAAGAAAUUUUGAAAGAGUUUUACAGCAUACGGUUGGAGUUCUACAAUCUACGAAAAGAGUACCUGCUCAAAACACUUGAAGAAGAGCUCAGAAAAUUGGAGAAUAAGGUACGGUUUAUUAGAGAAGUUGUGAAUGGCACACUGGUGGUGUCCAAGCGGAAGAAGGCAGAUAUAAUUGCAGAACUGGAACAGAAAGAGUACCACAAGAUUGACGAUACGUAUGAUUACCUGCUUAACAUGUCCAUACUUUCUCUUACACUGGAGAAGAUUGAUAGAUUGAACGAGGACUGGCAAAGUACACAGAGGGAGUAUGACGAGCUGUUGGGCAAGAGCGUGAAGCAGUUAUGGAUCUAUGACUUGGAGGCUUUACGAACAGAGUAUUUGAAGUUGUUGGAGGAUGACGAACGGGCCCAGGCGGAGCAUACGGUUAGAACAGGAGAUGGUGGGCCGAGUAGAAGAAGGGUUAGGAGAGCGAGAAAUGCGCCCAAGGACACUGAUGGCACCAAGAAAAUGAGGAGAACCCUCAAAGAUACAGGUGCCGUGAAGACAACCAAAAGGACAGCCAAAGAACAGAAAACGAAAAAAAUAUCGGCAGCUAAGAACGCUUCGGACACGGGUAACGUUAAAAAGCGGAAAACAUCUGUGAAGAAGAAGGUUAAUGUGAUAAACACAUCCACAGAAUCAUCUGGUGCAGAUGAACUGUGGAAAAAAUACGAGAACAGUGGUGAAUAAAUUUAUAUUUUUAUUUAUUGGAAAUGGCGGUGCUGUUUAGUCUUUCACACCAGGAUU